ACCUCCUAUUCAGACGUGUCAAAGAUACGCAAUUGUUCGUAACUUCGAAUUCUCGUAGUUUCAUCAAAUUUUUACGUAUAUCAAAAAAAAAAAGAGGAAGAAGAUGUGCAUCAGUUGGUGUACAUUAUUUUUCAUAAUUUAUCCUUGACAAAUUAAAUAAUAUUUAAAUAAGUUUAUAAUCAAACAUGGGUUGUUCAAAAUCUGAAAAAGACAUGGAAGCACCACCUGAUAAAAAGGAAAAUAGUUUUAUUCAUCAACCCAAAUCAUUGAAUUUGGAAGAAAAGAAAUAUCUUUUGGCAGUUGAAAGGGGUGAUUUAUCAAAUGUUAAAAAAAUACUUCAAGCAGCUAGCAAAGGUGAAAUCAAUGGUAUGAUACUUGACGUUAAUUGCGUUGACAGUCUUGGUCGUGGUGCUAUAACUUUAGCAAUAGAAGCUGAAAAUCUUGAAAUGAUUGAACUUCUCAUUGUGAUGGGUGUUGAAACGAAAGAUGCAUUAUUGUAUGCAAUUGAUAAUGAAUUUGUUGAAGCAACUGAAUUGUUAUUAGAAUACGAAGAACUUAUAACCGGUAAUCAGAUCAAUGAACAAAGUGAAGAAAAAGAAACAGUUUAUCAUAGUUGGCAAAAAAUCGAUCCUGUGUCUGCUCGGUACCCAAUCGACAUGACGCCAUUGAUAUUAGCGGCUCAACGUAACAACUAUGAAAUUCUGAAACUGUUGUUGGAUAGAGGUGCUACUUUACCGAUGCCGCACGACGUCAGGUGCAGUUGCGAAGAUUGUCUACGUGCGACUGCAGGUGACCCACUGAGACUGUCAUCAACUAGAAUAAAUGAAUAUAAAGCAUUGUCAAGUCCAAGUUUGAUAUCCCUCAGUUCACCGGAUCCUUUGAUGACAGCAUUCCAAUUGAGUUGGGAACUCAAAGAAUUGGCAUCUGCAGAGCCAGAAAGUAAAAAAGAAUAUUUAGAACUUAGACGUCAAGUUGAAAAGUUCGCCGUCGAUUUGUUGCAACAAAUACGAACAACGGCAGAAUUAAGUACGAUAUUACAUUACAAUCCUGAGGAGAGUAGUUUGUCGACAAAAAAAUUGGCAAAACUUGAACAAGCAAUACAAUAUAAACAAAAAAGAUUUGUUGCUCAUUCUCACGUUCAACAAUAUCUCGCUGCUAUUUGGUAUGAAGGUGUACCUGGAUUUCGAAGAAUGAGCAUUCUACAAAAAUUUUGGAUAUUGAUAAAAACAGCCCUAUUGUUUCCCUUUUAUUGCAUAGUAUACCUUUUUGCACCCAAAUCAAAAUUUGGACAAUUAUUGCGAAGACCUUUCGUUAAAUUUUUAGUACAUGCAUCUUCUUACAUAUUUUUCUUAAUUAUACUUAUCUUGGUAUCGCAACGAGUUGAAGUGGAAGUGGUGAAAAUUUUUGGAAAUGAAGAAACUAAAAGGAACCUUGAGAUACAAUUAGCAAGACAAAGAGGUGCAGCACCCUCACCCUUAGAGGGUUUUAUUGUUCUGUACGUUCUUGGAUUUAUAUGGCAAGAAACAAGAGAGGUUUACGUUGAUGGAUUAAAAGCAUAUCUUCGAAAUAUGUGGAACUUCAUCGAUUUCACGAGAAAUUCAUUGUACAUUUUGACAGGAAUACUAAGAGCUGCAGCUUAUUUUCGACAAAGGGCAGAAAUAGCGAUUGAUCCAUCAGCUGCAUUGAUACCAAGAGAAAAUUGGAGUGAUUUUGAUCCACAAUUGAUUGCAGAAGGUUUAUUUGCAGCAGCAAAUGUAUUUAGUGCUCUCAAAUUGAUACAUUUAUUCAGUAUAAAUCCAAAUCUUGGACCACUUCAAAUAUCAUUGGGUAGAAUGGUCAUUGACAUUGCCAAAUUUUUUUUCAUUUAUACAUUGGUCUUGUUUUCAUUUGCAUGUGGUUUGAAUCAAUUGUUAUGGUAUUUUGCUGAAUUGGAAAGGAAAAGGUGUUACAGUGAUUUUGCUGAUCCUAGUUGGGAUUCGACCAGUGACGUUUGUAUAAGAUGGAGAAGAUUCAGCAAUUUGUUUGAAACAUGUCAAAGUUUGUUCUGGGCUAGUUUCGGUGAAGUUGGUAUAGACAGUUUCGAAUUAACUGGAAUUAAAUCUUACACAAGAUUUUGGGGUUUAUUGAUGUUCGGUUCUUAUUCGAUUAUCAACGUGAUUGUUCUAUUGAAUCUUUUAAUCGCCAUGAUGAGCAACAGUUAUGCUGUCAUAGAAGAACACGCUGACACGGAAUGGAAAUUUGCAAGAACUAAAUUAUGGAUGAGUUAUUUCGAAGAAGGUGAUACACUACCUCCGCCAUUUAAUAUCUUUCCACCACCUAAAUUGUUUCUUAAAUUAUGUGGUUUAUCAAAGAAGAGAAAGAACGAACACGUUGAUAGCACUCAUCGUCGUUCACAAAAUCAAAAAUAUGGUACUGUUAUGAGAGCUUUGGUAUGGAGAUACGUUGUCAAUUCACAUUCCAUGCAUGAAAUGGAACCAGUAACGGAAGAUGACGUACAUGAAUUAAAAUCCGACAUUUCAUCAUGGCGUUGCGAACUUCUAGACAUUUUGCAUAGAAAUGGCAUGGACAUUGCUGGAAUUGAUACCAAAGAGAAAACUGUGUUGGGUAAAAAAAUGAGAAUAUGGGAAAGAAGAUUGAUGAAGGAUUUCCAAGUAUCAGGACUUUUCACUGGAUCAGCAGAGGAUGCUGCACAAGAAGAAUUGAAUCUUCUUCAACCAGCUGAAGGCGAGGAUAACAUUGCCAGAUGGAAAAGGGUCGCUAGAUUAGCGUUAUUGAGAUCAACUCAUCAUCGUUGGGGUCAAGUUGUAAAUAGUGCGAUUAGAAGUUCCCAAAUUGGUAAAAGCAAUAGCAGAGUAUCUUUGCAAAAUCAACAAAGUUUAAAAAAAGCCAUAGAACAAGCAAGAAAAUUGACAGCAAAAGCACCAACACUUCCGAUUCCACAAAUACAAUUACCAAAAAGUACGGAAACCACUAUACUGCAUGUACUUCAUGAUAUUGUUGAAACUGAUAAUUCUGUUAAAAAUGAUGUACCUGUAUUAACAGUAACGUACGAUUCAGAUCCACUUGAUCAGCAAACGCAGGCAAUUUCAACUGUCGGUUACAUCGAUGAAAAAUCCAAACGAAAUUAUCAACCUGUUAUACCUGCUCGAUCACCUCAAAACACCUCAAACGUAAUAAUACAAGGGAAGAUACAAAUGAAAAAAGAUGUUGUCAAAGGAAUGUUAAAUUCACCAAAAAGUAAUCCAAAUAAACCUAAAGAUAAUUUGGUAGUAACUAAUGCUAGUAAUACUGGAGAUUCUGGAAUGAUAAAAUUACGAUCUAAAUCUCCAUUGAGUCCUAGAAAAAUCAUUGAUAAUACAACGAUUAUGAUGAAUAAAUCUGAUGGUAAAAGUCAUAAGGAAGAAGAUAAACAGAGAUUGGUUAACAUAAUGCCAAGGUCACCACGUUUUGCUACAAGUAGAUCACCCAGAAAAGGUGGAUGGCUUUAAAAAUAUAUUUUUAUUUUAAGAAUA